AUGAUUGGUGGUGAAAAUAAUAAUAAUUUAUCUCAAUGUUCAAAUGAAAAUUAUGAUAAAAAUUAUAAAUCAUAUAAAUUAGUAUUUAAUAAUAAAGUAUUAUUAAAAUAUAUUUAUGGUUUAGUUAGAGAAAUUAAUUCUCAAUAUACCAAUAGUGUUAGUUUAUUUGAUGGAACAAAAUUAUUUUCACAAAAACGUACAUAUGAUAAUGCAUCAUUUGAAUGGAUGAUAGAGAAUAAUCAUUUUCCAUUAAUAAUUGAUAAAAUUAAAAAUAAUUUUACCUUUAAAGAAACAUUUAAAUAUUCAAAUUUAAAAAUAUUAAUUAAAAAACUUGAUCAACUGGAAAAUGAAAAAUUUGAACAACAACAACAUCAACAACAACAACAACAACAACAACAACAACAACAACAACAACAACCAGAAUCAGUAACAGCAGAAAAUGAAUAUCAAGAAAAUAAAGAAUUAAAAAAUUUAUUAAAUAAAUUUUAUAGUGUUAAUAAAGAAAUCUUAAUGAAGUCAGAUCUUGAAGAUAAUGAAACUCAUUUUUCAAAAAUUAGUUUACUUUUAUUUUCAAUAUUUACAGGUUGUUUUGAAUUUUUUAAAAUUAUUUAUGAUGAUUUAUUAUUAUCAUCAUCACAAAAAUCCGAUGAAAAUAAUAAUAAUAAUAUUAUAAUUUCAAAAUAUUUAAAAACACCAACGGAUAAUUGUAAUUGUUUAGAUAUUGCAUUAAGAAUUGGUAAUUUAAAAACAAUUAAAUUCAUUUAUUGUGUAAUUGGUAUUAAAGAAUUUAAUAAUGAUAGAAUAUUACAUAAUUGUUUAAUAUCAGAUAAUAGGGAUUCAAUUAUAAAUGAUUUUUUAUUAUCACCAAAUUAUGUAAAAAAUUAUGAACCUGUUAAAUUAUAUAGUGGAGUUUACGAUGAUUUCUAUGCAAAUCUAUUGAAAUUACAAUUCAAUACAUUAAAGAAAAUUUAUGAAACUGGUUCACCAUUAUUAUUUAUGUUGUCAAGUUUAAAAAUUGGUUUUUCAAAAUAUAUUGAAUAUUUUUUUAAAACAUUUAAUAAUAAUUCAGAAAAAGAAAAUUACUUUAAAAUAAAUUUCAAAAAUUCAAAUUAUGAUACCAUCUUUGAUCAAUUUAUAAAUUAUUUUAAAAAUGUUUUAUUCACUUGUUCAAUUUCAUUUAAAAAUCAAUUUUACAUGUCAAUCUUUAAAAAAUUAAAUUAUUUAUUAGAAUAUAAUAAUCAAAAUAAAAAAGAAGAAGAAGAAGUAGAUAAAAAAUUAAAUUGUGAAGAUGAUUAUUUUUAUAUAUUAAAUAAAAAUGAAUAUGUUGAAAUAAAUGAAAAUUGUAUUAGAGUAAUUGAACAACCUGAUUUAAUUUCAAAAAUUUGUUUUAGUAGUGGUGGUGGUGGAUUUAAAUCAAAAAUUCAAUCAUUACUUUUUAGAAGAAAUCAAGAUGAAACAUUUUUACAAUUACAAAAAGAACAAGAACAAGAACAAUUAAAAUCAAUUAAUCAAGGUAAUUCAAUUAAUAUUAGAGAUAUUUCAGAACCUUUGGAAUUAAUAAACUAUAAUGAUUUUAAUUUAAAAAGAGAAAUACAAAGAUUAUUAAUAUUUGAUUUCUUUAGAUAUGGUUUUAAAAAAUAUAUUGAAACUUCAGAAUGGUCUUAUUUAGUACUUGAAUUUAUUUGUACCCAUAAAGAGUAUCAUUUAGUUGAUAGAUUAUUCUUUACACAAUCAUUACAAGAAGUAAUUAAACAACAACCAUACUCACAACCAAUACCACAAAAUCCAUCAUCGUCAUCAUCAUCAUCAUCUUCAACUUCUUCUUCUUCUUCUUCUUCUUCUUCUUCUUCUUCUUCAUUAUCUAAAAAAAAAUCAAUUUUAAGGUGUUAUCCAAUUCUUGAUGAUUUAAUUAAAAUAUCAAUGAAAUAUGGAGAUAUAAUUAUAUUAGAAUUUAUUGGUGAAUUAUGUAAAAAAUCAGAUGACCCAUUCUUUGAAAAACAUAGAUAUCAAUCAUUUUAUAUAGAACCAAUUGGUGGUUUAUUUAAUUUAGAUUCAACACCAAUUCAACAACAAAUUGAAUUUAUUGAAAAAUCAUUCAAAUGUAUUAAUAUUGUUUCAACUUUUAAAAUAAUUAAACAUGUUUUGUCAAAUAAAGAUUUAAUUUCAACUACAGAUUUAGAUAAAAUUGGUGAUAUUUUAUUAAGAAAUUCAGACUCAUUUGAUGGUAGUGGCAAUAGUAGUGGCAAUAGUAGUGGUAGUGGUAGUGGUUGUGGUAAUUAUAAUAAUAAUAAUAAUAAUAAUUCAAAACCUGAUAAAGAAGUUUUACCAAAUAAUGAAUUGAUUUUAAAAUAUUAUUUUAAUAAUAAAAAAUAUAAAAGUCUUUUCAAUUGGCAAAGUAAUAAUAUUUUAAAAAAUGCAAUUAAAUCUGAAGAUACAAAUAUCAUUCAAUUUAUAUUUGAAAAUAAUAUUAGUCAAAUUUCAAUAGAUAAAUCAAUCUCUGAAGCUAAAUCAAUUAAAGUUUUAGAUUUUAUGUAUAAUAAUUUGGGAUUUAGAUUUUAUUCAUAUAAUUCCCUAAAUGAAAUUUCUAACCUCACAGAUUGGUUUUCAAAUUAUUUAUUUAAUUAUUCAUUAAAUAAAAUUAUCAAUGAAAAUAAAUUAAAUAAUUAUUUAAGUAAUGGUACUAUUAUUAAUAAUAAGUAUAAUAAUUAUGGAAUAGAUGUUAUUAUUGUUACAUUUGGUGAAGUAAAAAAUUUAAAUUAUAAAAAGAUAAAAUUUGUUCAAUCUAAAAUUAAUAAUGGCUCAUUAAAUAAAUCUAAUAUUGAAUUUGAAAGGCAUUCAGUAAAUGAAAUUUUUACAUCACUAAAAAAUAUAAAUACAAUUGUUCCACUUGGUAAUGAAGAUUUUAUAAACUCAUUUUUGGAUGAAUUCGAUCAAUCAAAUGAAAAACAUAAUUAUAAUUUGGAAUUAGAUACUAAAUCAAAAAGUCUAUUAUCAAAAUCUCCAAAUUGUGAAAAAAUAGUUAAUUCAAUAAAGGAAAGAAUUGAAAAUUAUUUUAAUGAAGGUUUAUUAUCUGUUUAA